ACCUGAGCAGCCGCCUGGCUGAGGCGGGCCGGCUCCUUUAAAGCAGGCUCCGCGCGCGCGCCGGCUCAUCUCCGCGCGGGACCCCGACGCUCCUCCGUGUCUCCGCUCACGUGCAGCCAUGCAGCUCAGCGCGCAGGAGUCCCGCCGGGCCCUCUUCUUCUUCUGCGUCCUCCUUAGAAGCUGUCACACCUACAAGAACGACGCCACGGAGCGGCUCUUUACGCACGCGGGCGCGCCGGUGCCGGUGACGGAGCUGCAGAGCAAUGCGUCCCUGAACCGAGCGCGCGCAGGGGGGAGAGGAGCGGGGGGCUCCGCGCACGACCGAGCCGAGCGGAGUCACGUCGGCUGUAGAGAGUUGAGAUCCACAAAGUACAUCUCUGAUGGCCACUGCACCAGCAUCAACCCCAUCAAGGAGCUGGUCUGCGCAGGCGAGUGUCUACCCGCCCAGAUGUUGGAGAACUGGAUCGGUGGAGCCCGCGGGAGGAGGUACUGGGCACGACGGAGUGGAAACAACGACUGGCGGUGCGUCAACGACAAAACCCGCACGCAGCGCAUCCAGCUGCAGUGCCAGGACGGCACCACCAGAACCUACAAAAUCACUGUGGUCACCUCCUGCAAGUGCAAGAGGUACUCGAGGCAGCACAACGAGUCUGGUGGCAAGUUUGAGGAGGCCGCCGCGUUACCCCCAAAGCUUCUGCACAAACACAAAUCCAAGAGCAAAAGAAGGCUGGGCAAGGGCCGAAUGAGUGAGAACUGGCACGAAGCUGAACCCUGAGAGGUGCAGGACUUCAAAGACUCCAAACCCUCUGAAGGGAAGUCUCUGGGAUGUCCAGUGUUUGCAGUUGAGGAUGAUCUCUGAGACACGUUCAAGCUUCUGACAAUCAAAUCCAUGUUUUAAAGCAAUGUGAAAAAUAGUUUACAGACAGUAGUUUUGUAAAGAUGCACGGUCCCGCCUGCCCCUUCCCACCUGCCCGUUCGCGUCUGCACGGUCCCGCCUGCCCGUUCCCGUCUGCCCGUUCGCGUCUGCACGGUCCCGCCUGCCCGUUCCCGUCUGCACGGUCCCGUCUGCACGGUCCCGUCUGCAUGGUCCCGCCUGCACAGCCCCGCCUGCACGGUCCCGCCUGCACGGUCCCGUCUGCACGGUCCCGUCUGCUCGGCCCCGCCUGCACGGCCCCGCCUGCAAGGCCCCGUCUGCACGGUCCCGCCUGCACGGUCCCGUCUGCACGGCCCCGCCUGCACGGCCCCGCUUGCACGGCCCCGCUUGCACGGCCCCGCCUGCACGGUCCCGCCUGCACAGUCCCGUCUUCAGUACGGCUGCAGAAAUUCAUUCUAGGAGUUGACAUAGGUUGGCACCAACUUCUGUAAAACACCCAAACCAAUCCUGUGUAAAUACCUGUACAUAUAUCAAAUGCUAAAGACGGACCAUAUGAAAAAUAUUUACUUUUGUAAGAUUCAUAGUGUAUGAUGUAAUAUAUUUUCACAGGGAACACAUCGGAUAUUAAGUUCCAGCUCAGAAAGUGUUCAUUUAUCAUUCCUGUAACAACUUUGUAUGAAAUAAAUUCAACUUUUGUAUUGCA